UCUCCGUGCGACGGGUCAGUGAGGUGGGAAACUCUCUUCUCCUCUUAGUUUCUUUGCCCUCUGGUAUUGACAUGUCUCGUCCGGAUGGAGAGCAGAGUGUUUUCAGCCUGGAGCUUUUCGCUCUCUCUCUCCUCUAUGCUUCUCUGCCUUUCUCCAUAACGCUUCCAUCCUUUUCGGCGGGUUUGAACUCGGUUGGCGGCUGUUGCUGUCACUAGAAAGACAAGAUGCCAAGCAGGGUUUGUGGGUUUCAGCCGGCUAUCGACGGCAAGCACCGAGUUUCUACUGCGGCAUGUAUGAGCGAUAUUACUUUUUAGGGAGAGGGCUUCAGGAAAUAUUUUGGAGGAGGUCAGGUCAUCUUGUUUUUGGUUGCUCAAGUGCUUCUUUAGGGAUGUGUUUGACAUUUUACAUGAUGCUUGGAGCUACUAGUUCGUGAUUAUUAUGAUGAAAAAAUGAAGCCUCAGAGCCGUGUGCUUAUCAGAGUGUAGACAAGUAAAAUGUCUGAUACCCUCAAUGAAAAGGUUGGAAGCGACUCUCAUGAAAUCGUACCUGUUCGAGAUGAAAAACGGCCAAAGCUUUCCAUUGAUGUACCCACAAGAAAUAUGGGGCUUUCCUCCAUGAAUUAUCUAAAAGCAAAUGUGCCUUUAACGCCUGGCUCCGAUUCCAAUAGGAUAAAUAUUCUCCCAAUAUGUAGCCCUGCAUCUGCAAAAAUGCAUGCAUCUCCAUGCUCGACAUCAUCUAAGGGUAAACCUUUCAUAAAGAAACUUCUUUCAGGACUAAGCUUCAAGUUCCAGCCUUCAGCUUCAGAAGUAGAGAGAUACGAGACUCAAGCUCCAGAGGCAUAUUCUGCGGAAAAAGGGGGAAAACCUUCCCUGUUGGGCUCGUUUUCCUUUUCAAAAUUAUUCAGCCCGAGAAUUAGGAGGACAUCAUCGUUGCCAAUCAACUCAGACUUACAUGGCAAGAGUCCACAUGGCAGUACAAUGGUUCAUAACAGCUCCUUGGAAAGAAAAGAGGUCCAGCAUCAUAUAUCUCGUUCGCUUUCACUCCCCACAGAUAUCAAACAUAUCAAAUCUAAAAGUAUCAAGAGGAUGAACUCCCUAGGCGGUGUAUUCCGAGUAAUUCCUUCUACUCCACGUGUGGUGGACUUGAGUAGCCCAGUGGCAGAUUCCAUCACUCCCGUAGACUCUGCUAUUGAUGGUGAUGGUGAGGACAUACCUGAGGAAGAGGCUGUCUGUCGAAUCUGUAUGACAGAGUUGUCAGAAGGCAGUAAUACUCUCAAGCUAGAAUGCAGCUGCAAAGGUGAACUUGCAUUAGUCCAUCAAGAAUGUGCUGUCAAGUGGUUUAGCAUUAGAGGGAAUAGAAAUUGUGAAGUUUGUGGGCAGGAAGUUGAGAAUCUAUCUGUAAGACUGCUACGAGUGCAAAGUGUUCAGACGGCUACAACACUCCCAGGCAUGUCCAGACAAAGAACAGUGUAUUUUUACAGGUUCUCGCACGAGAUGCCUGUUCUCGUCAUCAUCAGCAUGCUUGCGUAUUUUUGCUUCCUCGAGCAGCUAUUGGUAGCAGAUGUCGGUACUGCUGCACUAGCUAUUUCGGUGCCCUUCUCGUGCAUCUUGGGAGUAUUCGCAUCCCUCACCGCAUCGACCAUGGUGAUGAAGAGAUUUGUUUGGAUCUACGCGACGGUUCAAUUUAUGUUGGUGGUCUUCUUCGCCCAUCUUUUCUACUCCUAUCUUCAUAUGCAAGUCAUUAUAUCCAUCGUCCUCGCUAUGUUUGCUGGAUUUGGUGUUGCGAUGAGCGGAAAUACGAUCGCCAUCGAGUCAUGGAGAUGGAGGAGGAGGAGGAGGAGGAGGUGGCACUUUGCGUCAGCUGGCAGUCUCACUCCUCUAGAGAUUGUGCCAUCGUCGAGCCAACAACAGGUAUAAUGAGCACACAGUCUCUCUCAACAUUUGCAUCAUCACAGUGGAGUGAGUGAUAUCAAUCAUUCCUCCUGAUCUCUAUUAUGUUUGUGGAGUGGUAUAUCACGAGACUGAUCAUUUGUUGCUGGGCCAAAUGGGUAUCUAUCUAAAGCUAAUUAUAAUCUUCGGAGUUGA